GACAACACUGCUCUCGAGUGCACAAGUGCUUUCUAAACUAGCUCAGCUUUUACUAAUUUUUUUGGCAGAAUUAAGUAGUGAAAAAUCGUGAGCUAUAGUGCAAAAGUAUUCUAAGGCGCUGCCGUUUAGAUCUUUGCUAGUGCAUAGGUGAGAUUAGUGAAUUCAAGUGUAGUUAAUUCCAGAUUUGUGCUCAACAUUGGAAUUGUAAAAGAAAGAAAGGAAAGAGGCCAUCAUGCAUGACGAGGAUGCAACUGCAAGAAUUUCUUGUAGUGCAUAACUGUCAGAUGCUUUAAUGUCUUCUGCAUGACAUAUUGAAAGUGUUCUUGCAUACAAUUGGGGUGGAACUUGCACAGCAUUUAUGGUGCAAUAUACACGGAAAAAGUUCUACGACAAAUAAAAUACACGAAAGAUUAAUACAUAAAUAAACAGAAAACCGGGAUCAGAAGCACAAAAUAUUAUCCUUAUUCUAAUUUAUUUACUUUUAUUUUAUUUUAUUUAUUUUUUUUCCUUUCCUUUUUCCCUAAUCAAUUUUGACAGCUGUAUAUUUGCUAAUUCCAAACCAACUACAUAUUUUUCUUGUGUACAUAAGUACUACAAGAGGCGAUAAAAAAAUGAAUCACGAAAAGACAGUGAUUAACACAAUUGUCCAUUCGGAACCUGAGGAAGUGGAUAUGGAAGUAGCUGAAUCUAGGGAGAAUGAUCUGCUGAGUGAUUCUGCCUCAGAAGUUCCGUCGUGUUCCUCUUCGAUACUCAAUACGCCGAAAAAUGACCUGGUGGAAAGUGAUAGUGACGACGAUGGUAUAAAUGUUACUAUCAAACCGAUUUCCAGUGUGAUUUUUAGGUCUGCUAUCGAAAGUGAGAUCAACAAUAGUCGAUCUCUAAGUGAUAGUGAGCCUAAAAUCAAAUGGCGUAAAAAUAUGUCAAAAGGACAAAGGAAUAAAAUGAAGAAAUGUCUGGAAGCUGGGCUGAAUAAACACGAAGCUCGGAAACAAGUAUUUUCUAAUGUUACUCCUGGCACUCCAAACACAACUAAAAGAUUGAGAGAAGGUGAACAAGGUAGUAGUGAAGAGAACCCGAACGCAAAGAGGACGAAGGAGAACCUCUGUCCAAAGAUGCGUGCGGGGUUAAUCUCUUCUAACAUCCAAGACAAAUAUAUGAAGGAGAAGGAGACUGUUAAGAAUUCAGGGAAGGCUGCAUUAAAAGUUCCGGAAUAUUCUGGUAACCUGCCAGCCAUUCCAAAUUCAACAAAACACUACUAUAGAGAUGCGGCAAGGAUGGUUAAAAUGGGCAUACUAGUAAAAGAUUAUCCAAAUCAUCAAAUGACAACAGAGCAACUUGAUGCUCUGCAGGAAGCAAUUCUUUUAAAAAUAGAGAAUCAAAGACAUGAGAAAGUUAAACCCAAAUUUACAAAAUGUAGCUAUAGGCAUGGUUAUCUGGUCCUUGACUGCAAAGACUCAGUAACUGCAAAUUGGCUAAAAGAUGUAACUGGGAUGCUCUCUCCUUGGGAAAAUGCGGAACUAAUUGCGUUGGAUGAAAAAGAUAUUCCUCGCCCGGAAGUUUUUCAUGCGUUCUUUCCCCUCAGUGCUGACUACAGCGAUGAGCGGCUUAGAGGACUCAUAGAGAGUCAGAAUGAUGGUCUAAGCACAAAAGGCUGGAGAAUUCUAACCCGUUCAAACGCGAAUAAACACGCAGAGUGGAUGCUAAACGUAGAUGAAGGUUCCUUGGAGAUACUGUCGCAAAGAAACUUUAUUCUAAACUUCCGCUUUGGCGAAACGCAGCUGAGAAAGGUGAAAUAUCCUGGGCAGCGUCAUUCGGAGAUAACUGCCACUCCUCCCAAAGGUAACGCAUCAACUGUAGGUGCAAAAUCGAACAUAACGGAAUAUACAAAGGAACCUUUCAUUGGUUCAAGCAGUAAAGAUGGCCAGCAUUCCACGAAAAGGAGUGUGCCUGAAAGGAUGCCUGAUAAGAUGAGAGAAACCCGUGUAUUUCUUGAAAAUGAAAACGAUAGGACCAUCGCUUCCUGCAAAGGCAAAGAAAAGCGUUCACUGCCUUCUCAUGAAACCGAUUAAGUUCGUGCAGGUGAACCUCCAUCACGCAAAGGGUGCGUCUGCUGUGUUGAGUCGGAGGUUCUGUAAGCAAGGCUUGGGCGUGGCUCUAAUUCAGGAGCCAUGGUCCAAUAAAGGAAAAAUACUUGGUAUUGAAACACAAAAUUAAUUUAUUAAACGAGACAUUGUUGCGGUCAUGGUGGAGGUACCAACAACUAGGGGAAAAACAGAGGUCGUUGUGGCUUCAGCGUACUUCCCUGGUGAUGAUACUGUGGUUCCUCCUCCUGAGAUCGAUCCAUUCGUCCAAAAAUGCAGAGAAAUCAACAAGCCAUUCAUUCUUGGGUGUGACGCCAACGCCCAUCAUACGGUGUGGGGAAGUACGGAUAUCAACAGUCGAGGUGAGUGCCUAUUGGAUUAUCUCUCAGCAAGUAACAUAGAUAUAUGUAAUAAGGGAAAUGAACCAACUUUUUCAAACGCAAUCAGACAAGAAGUUUUAGACUUGACUUUAUGCAACGCUGCAAUUUAUGAAAGAAUUUCAAACUGGCAUGUGUCGGAUGAAACCUCUUUGUCUGAUCAUAGACAUAUUAUGUUUGAAUGGAAGGAAGGCGAUUGCCUUGCUACUACAUUCAGAAAUCCCAGGAAAACAAACUGGGAUCAAUAUGUACAAAAUCUGAAUACGAGCUUAGUAACGGAGAGGGGAAAGAUUGAUUCAAUUCAGGAAUUAGAAUCCUUUUCUCAAAAGUUAAACGAUAAGAUACUCAGUUCAUUUUACCAAAGCUGUCCUACCAAACGAGCGUCCUCAAACAGAGACGUGCCGUGGUGGAGUACAAAACUUGAACGACUUCGGAAAAUAUCUCGUAAAAUGUUUAAUAGAGCGAAAGCUACUUCAGACUGGUCUCAGUAUAGGAAGUCUUUAACUGAAUAUAAUAAUGAAAUAAGGAAAGCUAAACGAAGAUCUUGGGUUCGAACAUGUGAAAACAUCAGCAAUACCCCUGAAGUUGCAAGGCUACAGAAAUUGCUAGCAAAAGAUCACACCAGUGAACUCGGAUAUUUAAAACGUAAUGAUGGGGAUUUUACAAAAACUCCUCGCGAAACUUUAGACUUAAUGAUGGAGACUCAUUUCCCUGGAUCGGUUCAAUGUGCAGAUCCGGUAAGAUCUGAAGGCCUUGAUGGUGAAAGGUGUUCUAUGAAGACAUCUUACAUGUCUACCAGAACAGAAAACAUCAGUCCAGAUCUAGCCGACAAUAUCUUCACGAGAGCCAGAGUAGAGAAUGCAGUUAGAUCUUUUCAGCCUUUCAAAUCUGCUGGAGUAGACGGAAUAUUUCCUGCACUUCUUCAAAAGGGCGAGGCAGUUUUAAUUCCGUCUCUAAUAGAGAUUUUCAAGGCAAGUAUAAGAUUGAACUACAUUCCAUCAAAAUGGAGAAAAGUAAAAGUCAUUUUUGUA